AUGGGUAGUGGUGGUUCAAAAACUAUUACAAUAAUUAAAACUGUCACAGAUCCGAAUUUAAUCAAAGAACUUCAACGUUAUCAAGAAGAAAAUUCUCUAUUAGCGGAUAAAUUUUAUCAACUUACACAACAAAUUGAAAAACAAAGAAUAAAUUGCUAUGAAGAUCUUCAACAAAUUAAUCAAUAUGCAGCUCAAAACUUAAUUAAACUUGCUUCUAAUACACAACCAUUUCAAUUAGGUGAACGUUCGUUUGGUUUUUUUGGUUUAACAUCAACAGGAAAAAGUACAAUAAUCAAUAAACUUAUUGGAUUUGAUUUAGCUGAAACAGGAGCAGGUGAAACUACACAAGAAAAUCAAUCAUAUGAUGGACAAGGAUAUCGUCUUUAUGAUAUUCCUGGUAGAAAUGAUGAUCUAUCAUAUUUUACUAUGGAGUAUAUUGCAUUUUGGAAAGGUUUAACUGGUCGAUUAAUAGUAAUAACAUCAACAAUCAAAGAAAUGACAAAAGUAUUUCGUCUUCUUGAUGCAAUUCAACUUCGUUAUGAUAUUAUUGUAAAUAAAUUUGAUUUAGUACCUAUUGAAGAAAGACAAAUAUUUAAACAAAAAAUAGAUAAACAAAUUCGUGAAAAUAAUCUUCAAGGUAUUGAUCAUAUUUGGUAUGUAAGUGCAUUGAAUCCAAAUCAAUUUCCUCAUUGGUUAGUCAUGGUAGAUUCAUUAACAAAUAAUACUAAUUAUAUAUCUAAUGAUUUUGAUCCAAUUGAUUAUCUUAUUUAUGAAUAA